AUGGCGAAAAGCAGAUCCCAGGUUGCCCCGCGCUCCCGCGCAGCGCGGCGGGCAGCAUCUCCAAGCAUGGACCUCGACAAAUCCGUGACUUCGCUGCCCCGAGCCGAAUCCCCCACUGCUCAAGGACCUGCGGUUCUGGCCGACCGUGCUAAUGCUGGUGUGAUGAAGAAGCAAAAUAAGAAGAAUGACAAGGUCUCAAGGGCACAGCGUUUAAGACAGCAAAAGGGAAUGGACAGAGCCGAGGCGGUGUUAGAUCAACUGGAAAUCAAAAAGGCCAAAAGUUUCGCCCGUGCGAGGGUCGUCGAUGGCCGAAGGGCUGACUGGGAUGAAACCAACCGCAAAGCAUCAGCCUUCGCCACUCUCCAGCAGAACGACGUGGAUGAAGAGGAUGACGAGGAUGACGAUGCUAUGGCCGAAGAUGCCCCUCCUGCGAAGGCUCCAGCGGCAAGGAAUGUGUUCGAAAUGGAUGAUGAAGAACCGGAAACCCCUGCAACAAACGGUCCUACUGACGACCCUGCGGCCGCGGAAGAGGCCGACGAAAUUACCUGA